UCCCGCGGCAGGGCUUAGACGGGAGCCCGCUCGCAGGGCUCGGUCGCCGCCUCCAGGAAUCCGGGGACGGGUCGGGGUCUGGGCGCUACACCGGGACGUCGCUUGGCAUGGCCGUGCCGGGCAGCUGAACGCCGCCGACCCGCAGGUUGAGAAGUUGGAACAAACAUUACCAAAGGAUCGGAAAGUGAGAAGUACUGAAUUCCUGGGGCGGAUCCUACCUGGAGCAAAGUCCUAAAAAGAUGGAGAAGGAAGAAGAGGAAACCCGGGAGAUCUUGCUCCCUGAUUGGCAAGGCAGCGGAUCUCACGGUAUUACCAUCAACGAGACGGAUGGAGGUGUUUUUGUGAAGCAGAUUGAACAGGACUCCCCGGUCGCCAAGACGGGAAUUGUGAAGGAAGGAGACCAGAUUGUGAGCGCCACCAUCUAUUUUGACAACGUGCACUCAGGGGAGGUCACGGAGCUCCUUAAAAACGUGGGCCAUCACACGGUGGGUCUGCGGCUACAGAGGAAAGGAGACCACUCUCCGUUGCCAGGGCAGUCUGGCUCCUACGAUGUGUUUGCCCCAAGGAGCCCAGAAGUUGUUUUGAGCGGAGAUGAUGAAGAGUAUCAGCGGAUUUACACCACAAAAAUUAAACCUCGCCUUAAGUCAGAAGAUGGUAUAGACGUUGAGCGCACAGGAACUCAAAGUAGGACCAUCACAGUCACCAAAAGAGUCACAGCUUACACUGUCGAUGUCACCGGCCAUGAAGGCACCAGAGAGAUUGACAUCACCAGUCCUGAGUUUAAGAUCAAAAUUCCUAAACAUGAACUUACCCAGAUUUCUAAAGCUGGAAUUGAAACAGAGCCUGGGAAAACUGUCAUCAAGAUUCCACAUGUGGAUUUGCCUGGGAGACCCAGCUAUGGAAAAGUCUCCUAUGAAGGAGGGAAAUCUUACGAUGUUACAUAUUCUGGACCAACUAUUGACUUGCCUUCCCGAAAAUUGGAGGCAGGUGUUCCUGAUACCUUUGUGGGGCAGCCAAAGGUGGGGAAAACUGAUACCCGAGGCCCUAAUGUCAUGGGUGUGGAUCUGAGAGCUCAGACAGACUUCACAAGCCCUGAAAUCAAUGGGAAAACAGGGGAACGACUGCAAUUUGGUAUCAAAGGUCCUAAAGUGCAAGGGGACUUGGGAGGGUUGGAAGGUGCAAGUGUAAAAGUCCCUGCAUCAGGCAUUGAAGGCAAGAUUACAAGUCCGGGUGUCAGAGAUGAAAGCAAAGGAAAACUUGCAUUCCCUGCAAUGAGAAUGCCCAAAUUUGGUAUAUCAUCUCCAGUUGCUGACAUUGAGGUUCCUCAGCUUGAUGCAACAGCUCCAUCCAUGACAAUCAAAGGCCCAGAAGGGCUCCAAACAAGCCCCAAACAUACAGUAUGGAGCACAGGAAUACCAGAACCAAAGUUGGAUAUGGGUGUAAAAGGACUGGAUUUGAAAGGUGGGGUGAAAGUUACUUCUUCAUCCUUGGAAGGGCCCAAAGUGGAUAUCAGAGGACCUAAGGUAGAUCUUGGGCCUCCAGACAUUGGACUUCAAGAGGGUGAAGCAAAAUUUAAAAUACCCCACAUGGAUCUUCCUAAAUUUUCUGUUUCAGGCUCUGCAGCAGAUACCAAUCUUCCAAAAGGGGGGAUUGAGAUUUCUGGCCAGACACCUAAAAUCUCUAUGUCAGAUAUUGACUUGAACCUCAAAAGUCCCAAAGGGAAAGCAGCUAUACAUAUUUCAGGGCCAAAGAUUGAAGGAGACAUGAAAGGGCCUAGUGUGGGUAUUGAGGGCAGCAGCGUUGACCUUGGUGGAUCAUUAAAAGGUCCAAACAUCUCAAUGCCCUCCUUGAAAACAUCACCAAUCAAAGUUGCUGUGCCAGAUGUUGACUUGAGCCUGAAAGGGACAUCAUUCAAGGGUGACAUGGAUGUUUCUUUGCCCAAAGUAGAAGGCGGCCUGAAGGGCCCACAGAUAGACCUCAAGGGCCCCAAAGUGGACAUUGCUGCUCCUGGCAUUGGCCUCAAAGAUUCUUCAGGACAACUGAAAGGGCCUCAUAUCAAAACUCCACAAAUCUCCAUGCCAGACAUUGACCUAAAUUGGAAAGGCCCCAAAGUCAAGGGGGACAUGGGUGUUUCCAUACCAAGAGUGGAAGGAGAACUGAAGGGCCCGGCUGUGGAUAUCAAGGGUCCUAAAGUAGACAUUGGUGCUCCAGCUGUUGACCUUCAUGGGCCUGAGCUCAAAAUGCCCAAACUGAAACUGCCUAAAUUUGGGGUACCCGGCUUGAAAGCUGAUGUUCCUGGUGUGGACGUCAGUAUUCCCCAGGGCAGCCUUGACAUCUCUGGUCCUAAGGUAGAUAUUGGAGCCCCAGGACUGGACAUUAAAGGACCAGAAGGCAAAAUUAAAGGUCCCCAAAUCAAGAGGCCAGAACUAAAUGUGGAGGCACCAAAAAUUUCAGUUCCAGAUGUCGACUUGAGCCUGAAAGGGCCGUCUUUAAAAGGUGAGGUGGAUGUUUCUGUGCCCAAACUAGAAGGUGGUCCGAAGGGCCCGCAGAUAGACCUCAAGGGCCCCAAAGUGGACAUUGCUGCUCCUGGCAUUGGCCUCAAAGGUCCUUCAGGUCAACUGAAAGGGCCUCAUAUCAAAACUCCACAAAUCUCCAUGCCAGACAUUGACCUAAAUUGGAAAGGCCCCAAAGGCAAGGGGGACAUGGGUGUUUCCAUACCAAGAGUGGAAGGAGAACUGAAGGGCCCGGCUGUGGAUAUCAAGGGUCCUAAAGUAGACAUUGGUGCUCCAGCUGUUGACCUUCAUGGGCCUGAGUUCAAAAUGCCCAAACUGAAACUGCCUAAAUUUGGGGUACCCGGCUUUAAAGCUGAUGUUCCUGGUGUGGACGUCAGUCUUCCCCAGGGCAGCCUUGACAUCUCUGGUCCUAAGGUAGAUAUUGGAGCCCCAGGACUGGACAUUAAAGGACCAGAAGGCAAAAUUAAAGGUCCCCAAAUCAAGAGGCCAGAACUAAAUGUGGAGGCACCAAAAAUUUCAGUUCCAGAUGUCGACUUGAGCCUGAAAGGGCCAUCAUUAAAAGGUGACGUGGAUGUUUCUGUGCCCAAACUAGAAGGUGGUCUGAAGGGCCUGCAGAUAGACCUCAAGGGCCCCAAAGUGGACAUUGCUGCUCCUGGCAUUGGCCUCAAAGGCCCUUCGGGUCAACUGAAAGGGCCUCAUAUCAAAACUCCACAAAUCUCCAUGCCAGACAUUGACCUAAAUUGGAAAGGCCCCAAAGUCAAGGGGGACAUGGGUGUUUCCAUACCAAGAGUAGAAGGAGAACUGAAGGGCCCGGCUGUGGAUAUCCAGGGUCCUAAAGUAGACAUUGGUGCUCCAGCUGUUGACCUUCAUGGGCCUGAGCUCAAAAUGCCCAAACUGAAACUGCCUAAAUUUGGGGUACCCGGCUUGAAAGCUGAUGUUCCUGGUUUGGACGUCAGUCUUCCCCAGGGCAGCCUUGACAUCUCUGGUCCUAAGGUAGAUAUUGGAGCCCCAGGACUGGACAUUAAAGGACCAGAAGGCAAAAUUAAAGGUCCCCAAAUCAAGAGGCCAGAACUAAAUGUGGAGGCACCAAAAAUUUCAGUUCCAGAUGUCGACUUGAGCCUGAAAGGGCCGUCUUUAAAAGGUGAGGUGGAUGUUUCUGUGCCCAAACUAGAAGGUGGUCUGAAGGGCCCGCAGAUAGACCUCAAGGGCCCCAAAGUGGACAUUGCUGCUCCUGGCAUUGGCCUCAAAGGUCCUUCAGGUCAACUGAAAGGGCCUCAUAUCAAAACUCCACAAAUCUCCAUGCCAGACAUUGACCUAAAUUGGAAAGGCCCCAAAGUCAAGGGGGACAUGGGUGUUUCCAUACCAAGAGUGGAAGGAGAACUGAAGGGCCCGGCUGUGGAUAUCAAGGGUCCUAAAGUAGACAUUGGUGCUCCAGCUGUUGACCUUCAUGGGCCUGAGCUCAAAAUGCCCAAACUGAAACUGCCUAAAUUUGGGGUACCCGGCUUGAAAGCUGAUGUUCCUGGUGUGGACGUCAGUCUUCCCCAGGGCAGCCUUGACAUCUCUGGUCCUAAGGUAGAUAUUGGAGCCCCAGGACUGGACAUUAAAGGACCAGAAGGCAAAAUUAAAGGUCCCCAAAUCAAGAGGCCAGAACUAAAUGUGGAGGCACCAAAAAUUUCAGUUCCAGAUGUUGACUUGAGCCUGAAAGGGCCAUCAUUAAAAGGUGACGUGGAUGUUUCUGUGCCCAAACUAGAAGGUCUGAAGGGCCCACAGAUAGACCUCAAGGGCCCCAAAGUGGACAUUGCUGCUCCUGGCCAUGGCCUCAAAGGUCCUUCAGGUCAACUGAAAGGGCCUCAUAUCAAAACUCCACAAAUCUCCAUGCCAGACAUUGACCUAAAUUGGAAAGGCCCCAAAGGCAAGGGGGACAUGGGUGUUUCCAUACCAAGAGUAGAAGGAGAACUGAAGGGCCCGGCUGUGGAUAUCCAGGGUCCUAAAGUAGACAUUGGUGCUCCAGCUGUUGACCUUCAUGGGCCUGAGCUCAAAAUGCCCAAACUGAAAUUUCCUAAAUUUGGGGUACCCGGCUUGAAAGCUGAUGUUCCUGGUGUGGAUAUCAGUCUUCCACAGGGCAGCCUUGAUAUCUCUGGUCCUAAGGUAGAUAUUGGAGCCCCAGGACUGGACAUUGAAGGACCAGAAGGCAAAAUUAAAGGUCCCCAAAUCAAGAGGCCAGAACUAAAUGUGGAGGCACCAAAAAUUUCAGUUCCAGAUGUCGACUUGAGCCUGAAAGGUCCAUCAUUAAAAGGUGAGGUGGAUGUUUCUGUGCCCAAACUAGAAGGUGGUCUGAAGGGCCCGCAGAUAGACCUCAAGGGCCCCAAAGUGGACAUUGCUGCUCCUGGCAUUGGCCUCAAAGGUCCUUUGGGUCAACUGAAAGGGCCUCAUAUCAAAACUCCACAAAUCUCCAUGCCAGACAUUGACCUAAAUUGGAAAGGCCCCAAAGUCAAGGGGGACAUGGGUGUUUCCAUACCAAGAGUGGAAGGAGAACUGAAGGGCCCGGCUGUGGAUAUCAAGGGUCCUAAAGUAGACAUUGGUGCCCCAGAUGUUGACCUUCAUGGGCCUGAGCUCAAAAUGCCCAAACUGAAAUUGCCUAAAUUUGGGGUACCCGGCUUUAAAGCUGAUGUUCCUGGUGUGGACGUCAGUCUUCCCCAGGGCAGCCUUGACAUCUCUGGUCCUAAGGUAGAUAUUGGAGCCCCAGGACUGGACACUGAAGGACCAGAAGUCAAAAUUAAAGGUCCCAAAGUUAAGAUGCCAGAAAUGCAUAUCAAAACUCCUAAAAUCUUGAUGCCAGACGUUGAUUUGAAUCUGAAGGGGCCCAAACUCAUAGGAGAUGUGGAUGUUUCUAUUCCAAAAAUAGAAGGUGACAUGAAAGGUCCAGAAAUUGAUAUCAAAGGUCCAGAUAUUGAAGCUCCAGAUGUUGACCUCCAUGGACCAGAAGGGAAAUUGAGGAUGACAAAAUUCAAAAUGCCCAAGUUUGGAAUGCCAAGCUUCAAAGGAGAAGGUCCUGAUGUGGAUUUAAACCUCCCUAAAGCAGAGCUUGAUGUUUCCAUUCCAACAGUUGAUGUAGAAGCACCAAGUUUGGACAUUGAAGGACCAGAAGGAAAAGUGAAAGGUCCCAAGUUUAAGAUGCCAGAAAUGCACAUCAAAGCUCCAAAGAUCUCCAUGCCAGAUGUAGAUUUGCACCUGAAAGGUCCCAAACUGAAGGGCGAUGUUGAUGUUUCUGUUCCAAAGCUGGAAGGUGACCUGAAAGGCCCAGAUGUUGAUAUCAAGGGUCCCAAGUUGGAUAUUGAUGCACCAGAUGUUGAAAUUGAAGGUCCUGAAGGGAAGUGGAAAACUCCAAAGUUUAAGAUGCCUGAAAUGCACAUGAAGGCUCCCAAAAUCUCCAUGCCAGAUAUAGACCUAAACCUAAAAGGUUCCAAAGUCAAAGGUGAUGUUGAUGUGUCAGUUCCUAAACUGGAAGGUAAUUUGAAAGGCCCAGAAAUUGACAUCAAGGGUCCAAAGCUGGAUAUUGAUGCACCAGAUGUUGACCUACAUGGACCAGAAGGAAAGUUGAAGAUGCCAAAAUUCAAAAUGCCCAAGUUUGGAAUGCCCAGCUUCAAAGGGGAAGGUCCAGAUGUGGAUGUAACCCUCCCGAAAGGAGACCUUGAUGUUUCCGGUCCAAAACUUGAUUUUGAAGGACUGAGUUUGGACAUUGAAGGUCCAGAAGGAAAAGUGAAAGGGCCCAAGUUUAAGAUGCCAGAAAUGCACAUCAAAGCUCCAAAGAUCUCCAUGCCAGAUGUAGAUUUGCACCUGAAAGGUCCCAAACUGAAGGGCGAUGUUGAUGUUUCUGUUCCAAAGCUGGAAGGUGACCUGAAAGGCCCAGAGGUGGAUAUCAGGGGUCCCAAACUGGACAUUGAUGCACCUGAUAUUGAACUUCAUGGACCGGAAGGAAAGUUGAAGAUGCCAAAAUUCAAAAUGCCCAAGUUUGGAAUGCCCAGCUUCAAAGGGGAAGGUCCAGAUGUGGAUGUAAGCCUCCCGAAAGGAGACCUUGAUGUUUCCGGUCCAAAACUUGAUUUUGAAGGACCGAGUUUGGACAUUGAAGGUCCAGAAGGAAAAGUGAAAGGGCCCAAGUUUAAGAUGCCAGAAAUGCACAUCAAAGCUCCAAAGAUCUCCAUGCCAGAUGUAGAUUUGCACCUGAAAGGUCCCAAACUGAAGGGCGAUGUUGAUGUUUCUGUUCCAAAGCUGGAAGGUGACCUGAAAGGCCCAGAGGUGGAUAUCAGGGGUCCCAAACUGGACAUUGAUGCACCUGAUAUUCAACUUCAUGGACCAGAAGGAAAGUUGAAGAUGCCAAAAUUCAAAAUGCCCAAGUUUGGAAUGCCCAGCUUCAAAGGGGAAGGUCCAGAUGUGGAUGUAAGCCUCCCGAAAGGAGACCUUGAUGUUUCCAGUCCAAAACUUGAUUUUGAAGGACCAAGUUUGGACAUUGAAGGUCCAGAAGGAAAAGUGAAAGGUCCCAAGUUUAAGAUGCCAGAAAUGCACAUCAAAGCUCCAAAGAUCUCCAUGCCAGAUGUAGAUUUGCACCUGAAAGGUCCCAAACUGAAGGGCGAUGUUGAUGUUUCUGUUCCAAAGCUGGAAGGUGACCUGAAAGGCCCAGAGGUGGAUAUCAGGGGUCCCAAAAUGGACAUUGAUGCACCUGAUAUUGAACUUCAUGGACCAGAAGGAAAGUUGAAGAUGCCAAAAUUCAAAAUGCCCAAGUUUGGAAUGCCUGGCUUCAAAGCGGAAGGUCCAGAUGUGGAUGUAAGCCUCCCGAAAGGAGACCUUGAUGUUUCCGGUCCAAAACUUGAUUUUGAAGGACCGAGUUUGGACAUUGAAGGUCCAGAAGGAAAAGUGAAAGGUCCCAAGUUUAAGAUGCCAGAAAUGCACAUCAAAGCUCCAAAGAUCUCCAUGCCAGAUGUAGAUUUGCACCUGAAAGGUCCCAAACUGAAGGGUGAUGUUGAUGUUUCUGUUCCAAAGCUGGAAGGUGACCUGAAAGGCCCAGAGGUGGAUAUCAGGGGUCCCAAACUGGACAUUGAUGCACCUGAUAUUGAACUUCAUGGACCGGAAGGAAAGUUGAAGAUGCCAAAAUUCAAAAUGCCCAAGUUUGGAAUGCCCAGCUUCAAAGGGGAAGGUCCAGAUGUGGAUGUAAGCCUCCCGAAAGGAGACCUUGAUGUUUCCGGUCCAAAACUUGAUUUUGAAGGACCGAGUUUGGACAUUGAAGGCCCAGAAGGAAAAGUGAAAGGUCCCAAGUUUAAGAUGCCAGAAAUGCACAUCAAAGCUCCAAAGAUCUCCAUGCCAGAUGUAGAUUUGCACCUGAAAGGUCCCAAACUGAAGGGCGAUGUUGAUGUUUCUGUUCCAAAGCUGGAAAGUGACCUGAAAGGCCCAGAGGUGGAUAUCAGGGGUCCCAAACUGGACAUUGAUGCACCUGAUAUUGAACUUCAUGGACCGGAAGGAAAGUUGAAGAUGCCAAAAUUCAAAAUGCCCAAGUUUGGAAUGCCCAGCUUCAAAGGGGAAGGCCCAGAUGUGGAUGUAAGCCUCCCGAAAGGAGACCUUGAUGUUUCCGGUCCAAAACUUGAUUUUGAAGGACCGAGUUUGGACAUUGAAGGUCCAGAAGGAAAAGUGAAAGGGCCCAAGUUUAAGAUGCCUGAAAUGCACUUCAAGACUCCCAAGAUCUCCAUGCCUGAUGUGGAUUUGCACCUGAAAGGUCCCAAACUGAAGGGCGAUGUUGAUGUUUCUGUUCCAAAGCUGGAAGGUGACCUGAAAGGCCCAGAUGUUGAUAUCAGGGGUCCCAGGUUGGAUAUUGAUGCACCAGAUGUUGACAUUGAAGGUCCAGAUGGAAAGUGGAAAGGCCCCAAGUUUAAGAUGCCUGACAUGCAUUUUAAAGCUCCCAAAAUCUCCAUGCCAGAUUUUGACUUGAACCUGAAAGGUCACAAAAUGAAAGGAGAUGUGGACGUCUCAGUACCGAACUUGGAGGGUGAUCUGAAGGGCCCUGACAUUGAUAUCAAAGGACCCAAACUAGAUGUUGAUGUUCCUGAUGUCGAUCUUGAAGGCCCAGAAGGGAAGCUGAAGGGGCCCAAAUUUAAAAUGCCUGAAAUGCAUAUCAAGGCUCCUAAGAUAUCCAUGCCAGAUUUUGACCUGGGCUUUAAGGGACCCAAAAUGAAGGGUGACGUGGAUGUUACUGUGCCAAAGUUGCAAGGUGAUCUGAAAGGCCCAGACAUGGACAUCAAAGGCCCCAAAAUUGAUGUUGAUCUUCCUGAAGUUGACAUUGAAGGCCCUGAAGGAAAAUUUAAAGGUCCUAAAUUUAAGAUGCCUGAAAUGCAUUUCAAUGUUCCUAAAAUCUCUAUGCCUGAUAUAGAUUUGAACUGGAGGGGGCCUAAAGUGAAAGGUGAAGCUGAUGUAUCUAUACCAAAAGUAGAGGGAGAUUUGAAAGGCCCAAGUGUGGACAUCAAAGGUCCCAAACUAGACAUUGAUGUCCCUGAUGCUGAAAUAGAAGGACUGGAUGGGAAAUGGAAAGGCCCCAAAUUUAAGAUGCCUGAAAUGCAUAUCAAAGCUCCCAAAAUUUCCAUGCCAGAUUUUGACUUGAAUUUGAAAGGUCCCAAAGUGAAAGGAGGUGUGGAUGUUUCUGUGCCAAAGCUAGAGGGGGAUGUGAAAGGGCCAGAGCUCGAUAUUAAAGGGCCCCAAUUAGAUAUUGAUGCCCCUGAUAUCAGUGUAGAAGUACCAGAGGGAAAGAUAAAAGGUCCAAAAUUUAAGAUGCCCGAAAUGAACAUCAAAGCUCCAAAGAUCUCCAUGCCUGAUGUAGAUUUGAACCUCAAAGGUCCCAAACUGAAGGGCGAUGUUGAUGUUUCUGUUCCAAAGCUGGAAGGUGACCUGAAAGGCCCAGAGGUGGAUAUCAGGGGUCCCAAACUGGACAUUGAUGCACCUGAUAUUGAACUUCAUGGACCGGAAGGAAAGUUGAAGAUGCCAAAAUUCAAAAUGCCCAAGUUUGGAAUGCCCAGCUUCAAAGGGGAAGGUCCAGAUGUGGAUGUAAGCCUCCCGAAAGGAGACCUUGAUGUUUCCGGUCCAAAACUUGAUUUUGAAGGACCGAGUUUGGACAUUGAAGGUCCAGAAGGAAAAGUGAAAGGUCCCAAGUUUAAGAUGCCAGAAAUGCACUUCAAGACUCCCAAGAUCUCCAUGCCUGAUAUUGAUCUGAACCUCAAAGGUCCCCAACUGAAGGGCGAUGUUGAUGUUUCUGUUCCAAAGCUGGAAGGUGACCUGAAAGGCCCAGAUGUUGAUAUCAAGGGUCCCAGGUUGGAUAUUGAUGCACCAGAUGUUGACAUUGAAGGUCCAGAUGGAAAGUGGAAAGGCCCCAAGUUUAAGAUGCCUGACAUGCAUUUUAAAGCUCCCAAAAUCUCCAUGCCAGAUUUUGACUUGAACCUGAAAGGUCACAAAAUGAAAGGAGAUGUGGACGUCUCAGUACCGAACUUGGAGGGUGAUCUGAAGGGCCCUGACAUUGAUAUCAAAGGGCCCAAACUAGAUGUUGAUGUUCCUGAUGUUGAACUUCAGGGUCCUGAGGGAAAGUGGAAGAGCCCCAAAUUUAAGAUGCCUGAAAUGAACAUCAAAGCUCCCAAAAUUUCCAUGCCAGAUAUUGAUUUGAAUGUGAAAGGUCCCAAAGUGAAAGGAGAUGUGGAUGUUUCAUUGCCAAAUAUUGAAGCACCUGAUGUUGACAUUCAAGGCCCAAAAGUGGAUAUUGACGUACCUGAUGUUGACUUGCAUGGUCCAGAAGGCAAACUGAAAAUGCCCAAAUUUAAAAUGCCCAAAUUUGGAGUGCCUGGCUUAAAGGGUGAAGGCCCUAAAGUGGAUGUUCAUCUCCCAAAAGGAGAUGCUGACAUAUCUUCUCCAAAGUUGGAUAUUGAAGGACCUGAAUUAGACAUUGAAGGCCCACAUGGCAAAGUUAAAGGUCCCAGGAUUAAGAUGCCAGAAAUGCACAUCAAGUCACCCAAAAUCUCCAUGCCAGAUGUUGACUUAAAUUUGAAAGGCUUAAAACUGAAGGGAGAUGCUGAUAUUUCACUCCCAAAGGUUGAAGGUGAAUUGAAAGGACCUGAGGUUGACAUCAAAGGACCUACAUUAGAUAUUGACACACCUGAUAUUGACUUGCAUGGUCCAGAAGGCAAACUGAAAAUGCCCAAAUUUAAAAUGCCCAAGUUUGGGAUGCCUGGAUUUAAAGGAGAAGGUCCUUCAGUGGAUGUGGCCAUACCCAAAGGAGAGGUGGAUAUAUCUGGCCCUAAACUAGAUAUUGAAACACCUGAUCUGGAAAUCGAAGGCCCAGAAGGAAAAUUGAAAGGUCCCAAAAUGAAGAUGCCAGAAAUGCAUUUUAAUGUUCCCAAAAUUUCAAUGCCAGAUAUUGAUUUGAAUUUGAAAGGUCCAAAACUCAAGGGAGAUAUAGAAGGUGAUAUUAAGGGACCUAACAUUGCAUUGAAAGGACCUGAUGUUGAACUGGAGACACCAAAAAUAGAUAUUGAAGCAAAACCAAAGAAAUCAAGAUUUAAACUUCCCAAAUUCAAUUUUUCUGGCACCAAACUUCAUACCCCUGAAGCUGAUGUGAAGGUUAAGAAACCAGAUGUUGAUAUCUCAGGGCCAAAGAUGGGUGUUCAAAGUCCAGAAGUUGAUAUCCAAGGAAAAGCAAAAGGACCUAAAUUUAAAAUGCCUUCACUGAACAUUUCCUCCCCUAAGGUUUCUAUGCCUGAUGUGGAAUUAAAUCUGAAAGGGCCUAAAUUAAAAGGUGACCUGAAUGUUUCUGUACCAAGCCUGGAAGGGGAUUUGAAAGGCCCUGAAGUUGACAUCAAAGGCCCCAAGUUGGACGUUGGUGCACCAGAGAUUGAUAUUCAUGGACCUGAAGGCAAACUCAAAAUGCCUAAGUUUAAAAUGCCCAAAUUUGGAAUGCCAGGCAUCAAAGCAGAAGUUCCUGAUGUGGACGUAACAUUUCCCAAAGCUGAUAUUGAGUUGUCAGGCCCCAAAGUGGACAUUGAAACUCAUGACCUAGAAGGGCCAGAGGGGAAGCUAAAAGGUCCUAGGAUUAACAUGCCAGAAAUGCAAAUUAAAACUCCUAAAAUCUCAAUGCCAGACAUAGAUCUGAAUUUGAAAGGCCCGAAAUUGAAGGGAGAAGUCGAUGUCUCAGUGCCAAAGUUGGAGGGUGAUCUGAAGGGCCCUGAUGUUGAUCUCAAAGGUCCAAAAGUAGAUAUUGAUCUUCCGGAUGUUGAUCUUGAAGGCCCAGAAGGAAAACUGAAAGGCCCCAAGAUUAAGAUGCCUGACAUACAUUUUAAAGCACCUAAAAUCUCUAUACCAGAUUUUGACUUGAAUUUGAAAGGUCCAAAAGUCAAAGGAGAUAUUGAUGUGGAAACUCCCAGGCUGGAAAGUAACUUGAAGGGUCCAGAAGUAGACAUCAGAGGCCCCAAAUUGGACAUUGAUAUCCCUGAUCUUGACAUAGAAGGGCCUGAUGGAAAACUGAAAGGGCCAAAAUUUAAGAUGCCUGACAUGAACAUCAAAGCACCUAAAAUUUCAAUGCCAGAUGUGGACUUAAAUCUCAAAGGACCAAAACUCAAAGGAGAUUUGGAUGUCUCAGCCCCAGCACUGCAAGGAGAUUUCAGAGGCCCAGAAAUUGACAUCAAAGGUCCAAAGCUGGAUAUUGAUGCCCCAGAUGUUGACCUACAUGGACCAGAAGGAAAACUUAAAAUGCCCAAGUUCAAGAUGCCCAAGUUUGGAAUGCCCAGCUUCAGAGGGGAAGGCCCAGAUGUGGAUGUAGGCCUCCCAAAAGGAGACCUUGAUGUUUCUCUUCCCAAAGUAGAUAUUGAAGCACCAAGCUUGGACAUUGAAGGCCCAGAAGGAAAAGUGAAAGGGCCCAAGUUUAAGAUGCCAGAAAUGCACAUCAAAGCUCCAAAGAUCUCAAUGCCAGAUGUGGAUUUGAACCUCAAAGGUCCCAAACUGAAGGGCGAUGUUGAUGUUUCUGUUCCAAAGCUGGAAGGUGACCUGAAAGGCCCAGAUGUUGAUAUCAAGGGUCCCAGGUUGGAUAUUGAUGCACCAGAUGUUGACAUUGAAGGUCCAGAUGGAAAGUGGAAAGGCCCCAAGUUUAAGAUGCCUGACAUGCAUUUUAAAGCUCCCAAAAUCUCCAUGCCAGAUUUUGACUUGAACCUGAAAGGUCACAAAAUGAAAGGAGAUGUGGACAUCUCAGUACCGAACUUGGAGGGUGAUCUGAAGGGCCCUGACAUUGAUAUCAAAGGGCCCAAACUAGAUGUUGAUGUUCCUGAUGUUGAUCUUGAAGGCCCAGAAGGGAAGUUGGAAGGGCCCAAAUUUAAGAUGCCAGAGAUGCAUUUUAAGGCCCCUAAAAUCUCAAUGCCAGAUGUGGACUUACACUUGAAAGCUCCCAAACUGAAAGGGGACCUGGAUAUCUCAGCUCCAGAGGGUGAUCUGAAAGGCCCAGAAAUAGACAUCAAGGGUCCAAAGCUGGAUAUUGAUGCCCCAGAUGUUGACCUACAUGGACCAGAAGGAAAACUUAAAAUGCCCAAGUUCAAGAUGCCCAAGUUUGGAAUGCCCAGCUUCAGAGGGGAAGGCCCAGAUGUGGAUGUAAGCCUCCCCAAGGCAGACCUUGAUGUUUCUCUACCCAAAGUAGACAUUGAAGCACCAUGUUUGGACAUUAAAGGCCCAGAAGGAAAAGUGAAAGGGCCCAAGUUUAAGAUGCCUGAAAUGCACAUCAAGACUCCCAAGAUCUCAAUGCCUGAUAUUGAUCUGAACCUCAAAGGUCCAAAACUGAAGGGCGAUGUUGAUGUUUCUGUUCCAAAGCUGGAAGGUGACCUGAAAGGCCCAGAGGUGGAUAUCAAGGCUCCCAGGUUGGAUAUUGAUGCACCAGAUAUUCCUGAUAUUGAACUUGAGGUUCCAGAAGGGAAGCUGAAAGGGCCCAAAUUUAAGAUGCCAGAGAUGCAUUUUAAAGCGCCUAAAUUCUCUCUGCCUGAUAUGAACUUGAAAGGUCCCAAGAUGAAAGGAGAUGUGGAUAUAGCUGUUCCAAAGAUGGAAGGUGAUCUGAAAGGUCUGGAAGUAGACAUUAACAUUCCUCAGAUAGAUGCUCCUGGCAUUGAUAUUGAAGGGCCUGAAGGGAAAAUGAAAGGCUCUAAAUUUCAGAUGCCUGAAUUUAACAUCAAGGCCCCCAAAAUUACCAUGCCAGAUGUGGAUUUCAACCUCAGAGGUCCUAAAAUGAAAGGAGACCUAGAUCUAGAAGUAUCUGCUCCCAAAAUACAUAGUGAUUUGAAGGGGCAAGAUAUUGAUAUCAAGGACCCUAAACUGGAUGUCUCGGUACCUGAUGUUGAACUGGAAUGUCCUGAGGGAAAACUUAAAGGUCCUAAGAUCAAGAUGCCUGAAAUGCAUUUUAAAGCUCCCAAAAUUUCCAUGCCUAAUUUUGACUUGAAAGGUCCCAAAGUGAAAGGAGAUGUAGAUGUUUCUGUGCCUAAGUUAGAAACUGAUCUGAAGGGUCCUGACGCUGACAUCAAAGGGCCAAAACUAGACAUCAGUUUUCCCGCUGUUGAACUUGAAGGUCCUGAGGGAACUUGGAAAGAUCCCAAAUUUAAAAUGCCUGAAAUGCAUAUUAAAGCCCCCAAAAUUUCCAUGCCUGAUGUAGAGAUUGGUCUGAAAGGUGACCUAAAUGUCUCUGGACCCAAACUUGAAGGAGAUUUGAAAGGUCCCGAAGUUGACAUUGCUGCUCCCACUGUUGAUAUCCAAGGUCCAGAUGGAAGAGUAAAGUUACCCAAGAUGAAGCUACCCAAAUAUGGUAUCUCUGAGUUCAAAGGAGAAGGACCUCAGUUGGAUGUAAAUCUACCUAAAGGAGAGUUGAAAAUGUCAGGUCCUGAUAUGAACAUUGAAGUUCCCAGUUUGGAUAUCAAAGGACCAGAAGGACAAUUGAAGGGCCCUACGGUGAAGAUGCCUGAAAUGCAUUUCAAAACACCGAAGAUCUCUAUGCCAGAAAUUGACUUAAAUCUAAAAGGUCCCAAGGUGAAGGGUGAUGUUGAUGUCUCCAUUCCAAAGAUGGAGGGGGACUUAAAAACCCCAGGGAUGGCGAUCCAAGUACCAGGAAUUGAAGCGAAAGGUCCAGAGAUUGACUUGGAAUGUCCUGAUGUGAAUAUUGAAGGGCCAGAGGGCAAUGUUAAACUCCCCAAAUUUAAGAUGCCGAAAUUUGGGUUUGGCGCAAAGAGCCCCAAGGCUGAUGUGAAGUCUCCCACUUUGGAUGUGUCUCUUCCGGAAGGUGAACUGAACGUUGAGUCACCCGAUGUCACCCUUUCUGCCAAAGGGAAAAAAAGCAAAUUCAAAAUGCCCAAAAUCCACAUGAGCGGACCUAAAGUCAAAGGCAAGAAGGCUGGUUUUGAUGUGAGUGGAGAAAUGGAUGCCAGUGUGAAGUCGCCAGAUUUAGAAGGAAGCCUCUCUGUCCCAGAAGCAUCACUGAGAGGAGAUGCUAACAUCAAAUCCCCCAAGGGAAAGAAACCAGUGUUUGGAAAACUCUCCUUCCCUGAUGUUGAGUUUGAUAUAAAAUCACCCAUGUUCAAGGCUGAUGCUUCUUUGCCUAAGGUGGAAGGAGAUGUCAAGAUGCCAGGAAUAGAGGUUACAUCGCCCAGUCUGAAAUCGCCAGGUCUUGAUGUCUCCAUUCCCAGUGGAAGCCUUCCUGAUGUCAAAAUUGGAGGCCCUGGUGUCGGUUUUAAGGACCCCGAGUUCAGGCUCGCAGGUGGAAGCGUUGACCUGGUUGGUCCCAAAUUGGAAGGGGAUCUGAGAAUCUCCAGCACUGAUGCAAAUCUUACUGCUCCUGACCUCAACCUGAAAGGUCCAUCAGUCAGUGCACCCUCGGUGGAUAUUUCUGCACCUUCCAUCUCUGCCCCCAGUCUUGAUGUUAACUUGAAAGGACCAAAGCUGAAAGCUGACAUUGAUCUCCCAAGUGCCGAAAUCCAAGGCCCAGAAGGGAAGCUAAAGUUCCCCAAGUUCAGCUUGCCCAAAAUUGGGAAGCCAGGUGUGAACCUGGAGGGGCCAGGUGUAGACGUUCAAGGACAGCUGCCCUCAGCACGCCUUGAUGUCUCCUCCCCACGUAUUGGAGGAGAGGCGAGCAUUCCUGAAAUCGAUGUGAACCUGAGAGGACCAAAGCUCAGAAAAGAUGUGGGUCUUUCUGGUGAGAUUAAAGCUCCAAAAAUUGACCUUGGCAUACCGGAUGUUGGUGUUAGUGGAUUUGAAGGGAAGUUUCAGAUGCAGACAUCUCCAGGUUUGGAUGUCAAUGUAACUGCUCCAGACAUCGAUAUGAAAAGGCCGACAGUUAAGAUGACUUCGGAGGGAGGCAUUUCUGUACCUGAUGUUGACACAAAUCUGAAAGGACCAAAGAUCAAAGGAGAUCUCGGCAUUUCUAGUAGCAUGACAUCCCCCAAGGUGGAAGGCUCCGGAGGUGGAAUUAAACUUCCCUGUAUGAAAAUUCCUCAGUUUGGCAUCUCUGGUGUGCAUGAUGAAGGAGGGAGUAUUUCAGGACCACAGAUCAAAGGACCUGAAGUAGACUUUGAUUUGAACGUGAAAGGACCAAGUCUGAGGGGUGACACCCAGAUUGCUGCCGACCUGAAAAGUCAACACAUUGGAAUGGAGAUGCCAGGCAUGAAGAUUUCUGGCAUGGACUUGGACACUGGAACUCCUGAUAUCUGCUUGAGAGGACCUUCCCUCAGUGUGACAGAUCCCAAAGUUUCUGGGCCAGGCUUUGAUGUCAAUGUGAAGGGGCCCAAGGCCAAAGGCGGGAUUGACCUUUCUAGUGAUUUCAAAAUGCCAGAGCUAAAUGUUGGUGCCAAAGGGACAGGAGGCCUUCAGUUUUCAGGACCAAAGAUAGGGGGUGAUCUCAGUGGUCCUAAAUUACAUAUCAAAGGUCCUUCCAUUGGGGUGGAUGUUCCACAGGGCCGUUUAGAAAGUCCAGCCGGGAAGGUGUCAUUCCCUAAAAUGAAAAUACCGAAAUUUGUGGUUGCAGGGCAGGAACCAACGGGAAGGGAAGUGGGGGUUGAUGUCGAGUUUCCCCAGCCACCACAGGCAAGUCUCCACGUUGGGGCAGGGACUGUUGAGCUAGAAGAGCCUGACCUGAAGUUGAAGAAAUCAAAAAUUAAAAUGCCCAAGUUUGCAUUCUCAAAACCUAAAGCCAAAGGCAGUGUUGGCUCCCCAGAUGUCUCCGUGUCUGUGCCAGGGGGUGAAGGACAGCUCAAAGCCAGCUUAGGUUCCUUGGAAGGCGAUGCAGAAGUUGGUGAAGCUGCUGCCUCGCCCAAAGGGAAGUUCUCCUUCUUCAAGACCAAAAAGUCUCAGCACCGGUCGUCAUCAUUCAGUGACGAGCACUCCUCACACUCCACCCCAACCGGCACGCUGGAACAUGAAGGAGACAAGGGCAAGCACGCCAAAAUCAAAUUUGGCACGUUUGGGGGAAUUGGGUCGAAAAGCAAGGGGUCCUACGAGGUCACAGGAAGCGACGACGAGGCAGGGAGGAUGCAAGGCAGCGGCGCGUCCCUGGAGUCCAAAAAGUCUCAGCUGUCAUCGUCCUCGAGCAAUGAAAGCGGGACGAAGGCCGGCAUCCAGGUGCCGACAGUAGAGUUGACGGUGGCGAAAAAGAAAGAGUAGGCCAGGAAAACUCCCGUGUACAUAGAGCCUCUGUACAUAAUUUCCCUCCCAUCCUCUCCCUGCCUCUGUAUAUACAUUUCCCAGCUUUGAAUACUCUGCAACGAGACAGGUGGUCUACGGUGAAAUAGUAGGGCUGGAGAGAAAAGCAACUACUCUUUUACUGCAAACAGGGAGGGUUCCACUGACAGAUUUCUAUCUUCCAGAGAUCAAAAUCACCCGAAACUGAUACAGUGACUUCCAUGAACAUCUGCAGGGGACGGUGGGCAGUUGUAUCAUUUGCACAAUUUGCGCCACGAUGUCGUGACAUGCGUGUCAUUCUGGGUCCCACCGGAUGCCUCUGGCUGUUGGCUUGGGUCGUGAAUAUCCCAGAAUGCCUCCCGUGACGCGCUGUGGUGGUAAGAGCAGAAUUGUGCCAAGAUACGUAUGUAUUAAAAAACAAAAAAGCAGCAAGUACCUUAAAACAGGCAGCUGUUGGGUCAGUCAGCUGUAUCAGUUCGACUUCAGUCAAUAUAAUUCAUACAGAAUUACUGAUGAGCAAGGGGCAAAUUAUUGCAAAGGGAGAAGUAAUAAAUUUUUAAAAGCCUGGAUUUAUGUGAUAUUUAAAGCUGUGCCAUAAGGAAGAUAGAUGUACAGUUCCUUGGAAGUAUUUUGGAUGAUUUACGUUCAGGCAUAGGAUUUGUGCUUUGUAUGCCAAGAGCUUUCUGUUUACCUAAGCAAGCUUUGAUUGAGAUAUAUUAUAUAUAUAUUUCAUUUCACUGAAUAUCUUCAGUGUUGAUCCAUGAAAACGUGUUAAUUUUAACUACUAGAGGUUUUUUUUUUUUGCUUUUACCUGCAGGGGGGCUAAAAGGUUUAUCAUUUAAAAUUAUGGAUAUAUUAAAAAGAAAACACUGCACAAUAUACAGAUGCAAGUGAGAUGUGUCACAUUUGGAGUUUCGUUACAACAAAAACAGGCAAGCUUUUCAUUUGUUUGAUAGAGGACACAACUAAUUGCAAUCAAAUAUGCACAUGUAAUUUAUUUGUUGUUCCAAAGAUGCAUUAUUAUUACAAAAUAAUUCAAGCUGUAAUCCUUCUGACAUCAUCUUAGUUGUUUCUGUAUAUUUCUUAUUUUUGUAAAAGAAAGAAGUUCUCUUAGUUGAGGAGCAAAUAUUUUUGUCAUAAUUCCCUCCCAACAGAUGCAGAUUGUUACCUUUUGUCAUUAACUGUAUCUUGAUUAUAAAACAAUACAAAGAAAACUCUUUUUUCAGCACUUUAAUGGCAAAUUAAUUGAGAAUGUAUGGAAACUGAUCUUGUAAAAUGCAAAUAAACUGUUUAUUAACCUUCUA